CCAUUUGAAGAUGUAGAUCAUACGACAAUAAAUCCAUGGGAUAUCAUACCUGCCGCUGAGAAAACGGCCGAUGACUAUUGGAGAUCCAUUGGUCCAUUUGUGCCCAUGUUAAUUCAUUUUUUUUCAACUGGACUGUGUUAUUAUUUUGCAAAAUCGGCAUGUAAGAUGCAAAUGCAGCGUGUAGCAUUCUCUGUGCCGUUAACACUUGCCACUCCGGUAACAUUGGGCAUUUUUAUUGGUUUAUGCCAAUGGAAAGGCGAUCAAGUAAUAUUCAUUAAAGAAGUCAUGUAUUGGGAAUGUAGCGAAAGUUUAAAUUUUCAACGAAUAACGUGGCAUAUUUUAAUCGGGAUGGGUUUGUGGUGGUUAUCAGAAUUGUGGAUAACAGCGCACAUCUGGUUUCCAGAAAAUAAACGUUUGGCAACAACCGAAACACUGUUUGUCCUUCCACAGUACUGCAGUGCACUUAUUGAACAAUCACUAUUAUUAAAUCGACGACGAAAUGAACCUGAACAUCGGAAAAAUAAACUCGAAGAACAUUUUGAAGAUUUAGAUAUUAUUGGAGGUUUAACAACUUUUUCUGAUGAUGAAAAACUUGAAAGCAAUACCAAAAUUUAUCUAUGUGGUACACUUUGGCAUGAAAGUAUGAGUGAAAUGGUGCUCAUAAUGGAUAUUGAUCAAAGUGCACGUCGUCAGGCCAGAGAUGAAUUUAAGGUUGUUGAUCCAGAUUUUUAUGAAAUGGAAGCUCAUGUCUUCUUUGAUGAUGCGUUUCACAAUAACGAAAAAGAUCAACGAACAAUUAAUUCGUUUGUUAAAGAAUUUUUUGGUGCCAUUGACAAAGCAGCAGGGAUUGUUCAUGAUGUUGAAGGAAUGCGAAUGGCGCCACCACACAAGACUGUUACACUGUAUGGUGGGCGAUUAGAUUGGCGUUUACCAGGGGGAAAUCUUUUAGUUUUGCAUCUAAAAGAUAAAUUAAAAGUUAGCAAGAAAAAACGAUGGAGUAUGGUAAUGUAUAUGUACUAUUUACUUGGAUUUCGUAUUCUUGGACAAUGUGAACAACGUUUACAAUCGUUGAUUAAACUAAUUGAAGAAAAUCCAAAGAAAAAAUUAUAUCGAAGACAUUUUGAUCAAAAUGAAGAUUUACAUGUUUAUUAUAAAGAUGUGCUUGGACCACGACUGUUAUUAGAGGCUGAAAACACUUUUGUACUGUCUGUUGAUGGAGAUUGUGAUUUUUCGCCUGAAGCUGUUCGUUUAUUAGUCGAUCGAAUGAAGAAAAACAAGAAGGUCGGCGCUGUUAGUAGCAGAAUACAUCCCAUUGGCUCUGGACCACUGAUAUGGUACCAAAAAAUGGAGUAUGCAAUGUGUUAUUGGUUACAAAAAACAACUGAACAUAGUCUUGGAUGUGUGCUAUGUGCACCUGGAUGUUUUGCACUCUAUCGUGCUUCUGCCCUAAUGGAUGAUAACGUUAUGAAAUCAUUUGCAUCAAAAUGUGAGACAGCCGAAGAUUAUAUUCUUCGAGAUUUAGGUGAAGAUCGUUUUCUGAGUAAAUUAUUGAUUGAACAAGGUUAUAAAAUUGAAUAUUGUGCUGCAGCUGAUUGUUACACACAUGCACCAGAAACAUUUACUUCAUUUUUUAAUCAGCGUCGUCGAUGGAUACCAUCAACAUUGGGAACAACGGUUUCAAUAUUAAAAAAUUAUCGUCGUACAAUACGUAUUAAUGAGAGUGUAUCAUUUUUAUCGGUAUUAUAUCAUGUAUUCUAUCUUGGUUUAUAUAUUUUGAGUCCAGCUACAAUCACUAUUGCCAUUGCAGAUGCUUUUAAUGCUACAACUGAUAUUGAUUAUUGGUCAUCAUUUUUAUUGGCAUGUUUUCCAGCUAUUCUAUUUCUAAUGAUAUGCUAUCAUGAUAUUAAUGAGGAGAAAAAAAUUAUUUGUGCAGCCAUAUUUGGAACAUAUUAUUCAAUAUUAAUGAUGAUCGUUAUUGUUGGCACCAUUGUAAGACUCUGUGAAGGAUCAUGGAAAACAACAGCCGUUUUUUUUCUUCUCUUUAUGGGUAUUAUAUUUUUACUAACCGCCAUAUGUCAUCCAUACGAAUUAGAUUGUGUUAAACCAUGCUUACUCUUUUUUCUAUGUAUUCCAACAAGUUAUAUAUUAUUAAUUAUUUAUGCAUUAACUAACGCUAAUGCCAAUGUUUGGGGUACAAGAGAAAAUAUUUACAUACCAAAUGAGAAGAAAAAAAAAUUUAAGACAAAAUCUGAUUGUAUUCAAUUUUUAGAACAACAAUUUGCUAGUGCUAAAAAUACGAAUGAAUUAUUAGGUAUUUUAGAGACAUUAAUUGAUGAAUGUCAUACACAACAGACAGAAUCAAGUGAUCAAUUAUUAGCACAAAUAACGGCUGUUUUAAAUCGAAUACAUUUAUUUGAAGAUGUUGAUAAACGUUUACAUAAAGGUCUUGAUUUAAAAGGCUUAGGGCUCGAUGAAUUAAUUAACAAUGAAACACAACAGAUUGAUGAACAACAUAUUGAUAAUGAUCGAAAAUCUAUAAAACGUAAUGAAAACGUAAAUCCCUAUUGGUAUGAUAAUGAUUUAUUGAAAUAUUCUGAAUUAACUUAUUUAUCAAAUGAUGAACAUAUAUUUUGGAAAAAAUUAAUUAAAAAAUAUUUGACACCUCAACAUCGAGAUGCAUUAGAAAAACAAAAAUUACAGCUAGGAUUAAAUGAUUUACGUGAUCGAAGUGUAUUCGCAUUUUUUAUGUUAGAUGCACUAUGGAUUGCAUUUGUAUUCUCGGUUCUAUUAGCACAAAAUCGUUUAAAAGAUAUGUUAUUCAUACCAAUACCCAUACCAUCAUUAUAUUAUCAACCAGUAAGCAUCGAACCAUUAGGUGUGAUGUUGAUUAUAUGUUUUUGUAUUAUUUGUCUAAUACAAUUUGUUGCAAUGCUAUGUCAUCGUUAUAAUACAUUUCAACAUAUUCUGGCGUCGACAAAACUAAGAUCAAAUGUUCAUGAAGGCGUACGAAUUGAAGAUAUUAUGGAUAUUGUAAAAAUGUUACAACAAAUCAAACCAAUUGAUGAAGAAAAUGAACCAUUACCAGAUUACAGUGAUGGAGAAAUUGAAAAAGCUGAAAACGAAGGAGGUGAAGAUGGCGGUUCCUUAGCUGGUUCAGAUGAUGAAGUCUUUAUUAAUGGUUCACCGCUUAGAAACGAACAAAUGCUAGUCGAAUCCGGUGGUCAUACUAAAGUUCAAUCAAUCGAUGAAGGACCGAAAAAACUAAGGCAUAGGCUAAGUCAACAUCGUACUAGUGGUGGUGGUGGUAAAGGAGAGAAACAAAUGAGUGAAGUCAAAGGUGUUGACAAUCCAUCCUUUCAAUUAGAUGAAAUUCAAUCUCAGACAGAACGUAUAUCACCAAAACACAAACGAAAAACACGAUCAAGUGUAAGUCCAAUGAAACCGGUACGUAAAUCCCGUCAUAAUCGUCCGCACAGUGACACACGUCCUAUAUCAUCUCAUCAUCAUGGUGGAAUGUUAGAAUCAUCCAUGGUAUCAAGUCAUAAUCAUCACCAUCAUCAUUUACAUCAACAAGUACAACAGUCACGUAAUCGACGAAAUCGUUAUAAUAAAAAAUUACAAAAGAAAAAUUCAUUAGAUGCAAAUUUUAGAAGACGAGUAGAAAAAUUAAAAGAAGCUAAUAGUAAUACAGAAUUAGAUAAAUCUCAUAAUGUACCACCAAUUAAAAUUCUCGAUACAAGACUUAAUAAAGUUUUAUUUAAUUUAAAAGGUGUUCCCGUUGGACCAAAUGUUUUAUAG